AUGUGGACUUCACUUGAUAAAAAGUCAUAUACGACAUUGCUGGAUGAAGAAUGUCCCGUUCAAGGCUUUAUAGAAGAACUACGAGUGAAAAUGAUUAACUUCUUACACAAUGCCCUCAAAGAUGGAAGUCAUCCAAGAGAAAACUAUAAAGAAAUAUUACAACUAGCACUUUUGUACCUAGGAGGUUGUUCUCAAGACGAAUUCAGUUUCAGGAUCCCAGGAGCUCUGCAUCAAGUAAUGGUAAAAGCAAUUUAUCCACUUAAAAUUGUUCUCUUCACUAAACAGUUGAAUAUGCCUCAACGAGAAUUGAAAGGAACGAAAAGGGUUGCACAUUCUGUCAGCCUUACAUAUGUUUGCUUUUGA